AUGAUGAUAAUCAUGUUCAUCAUAUGCAUUCUCAUAAUCCUCCUAUAGAUUGUGCAAUCCUUCUACCAUCAAAACCACGCUUUAUCUUCCAAGACGUCACCGUCUUCAACUUCAACGUCUCCGGCAAUCCAUCGGACCUCAACACCCCAGUAGUCCAAUUCAAUCUCUCCUUUCGUAACCCUAACGCCAAUAUCCGAAUCUACUACGACACCCUUGACGUCUACGCUUUUUACGGGAACGGGAGCCAACAGAUCAUUAUCCCGACUCCUAUGCCUUCGACUUAUCAAGGACACAAAGAAGACAGCGUUUGGUCUCCUUACAUCCCCGUCGUUCCCUACAACGCCUUGUAUCUUGACGAUCAGCACCACUCACGUGACGGGAACAUGUUGAUGCUUCACCUCGACGGCAGAAUUAGUUGGUUACUACUCGGUAACUAACCUCGGCACCCAUUACCACCAUCUUCACGUUAGAUGUCCAGCCUUUAUCGACUUUGGGAGUAGUGCUGCCAGAGUUAUCGGCGGAAAUAACACCGUUAAGUACACGCUCAACAAAACUUGCAGUGUUAGUGUGAAAAGACAUUAA